ACGUCAUGAGCGUCCUGCUGCCCAACAUGGCGGACUUUGAUACCAUUUCUGAGUUAGAAGAAGAGGAUGAGAGGAUUGUCAGUGAAGAACAUCUCGUCCGAUACUGUCCCGAGCCCGUGGUCAUGCGUGGGGCCGGUCACAUCACAGUGUUUGGGCUAAGCAACAAAUUUGAAACCGAGUUCCCUUCGGUUCUCACAGGAAAGGUUGCUCCAGAGGAGUUCAAGACGAGUGUCAAUCGAGUAAACUCGUGUUUAAAGAAGAACCUGCCGGUUAAUGUAAAAUGGCUGCUCUGCGGUUGUCUGUGCUGUUGCUGUACAGUAGGCUUCAGUCUGUGGCCUGUCGUAUGUCUCAACAAGCGGACGCGAAGAUCCAUGCAGAAAUUGCUAGAAUGGGAAAACAACAGACUAUAUCACAAGUUGGGGCUACACUGGAAACUCAGCAGAAGAAAAUGUGACAGCAACAACAUGAUGGAAUAUGUUAUUCUUAUAGAAUUCUUGCCAAAAUAUCCUAUAUUUAGACCUGACUAAAAAGGAAUUGUGAUGGAGCCUAUUGGAAGGUCCUUGAUUUCCCUCCUUAGUGCCUUGUAUAUAUAUCGGAUUGAGGGUCUCAACAAGACCCCCUCUCCUGGUAACCUUGUACAGUAGAAUUUGCGACACUGUCACUUUGCUUUAGAGCAGAUUUUGCACAUUUCCUGAUGUAGUAGAAGAGCUGUUUGUGUUGCUCCGAGAUGUUUAGUUACAUGUAAUAAGUGAUGGAAAGAGAGAAAGCUGGUACGGUUUAAAAGUGCAUUUACCCCAAAGAGCCAUCAUGUCAUCCCUACACAAUAUAUUAUGUUAUCAGAAUAAGGCACCUUAUGGUGUGAAUUUGCCUUAUGUUAAAGGACAACAUUUUUAAAGACAAAAUUGUUUGUGUAGGAGUCAGAAGUGGAUUUGACUAGUUUUGGGAGUUGUCGAAUGCGUGUGCAGAAAGUGAGCGAUCUGCUACUACACGGGGAAGUCAAGCAACUGACUUGUAUAUAUCCUAGACAAGAUGUACAGUGUGUUAUGCCAUGUUUACAUUAUGUAAUUUUGCCGUAAUUCGUUUAUCGCCAAGAUUUUAUUGUAGCAUAGAUGUUUAUAUGCUGUGUCUAUGUAACUUUACAGUUUAUAACAAUCUGUUUACCCAGUAAGCCAUAAAAUGUAUGUACAAGAUGCCACUUGAGUUAGGGCUGAAUAUUGCACUUGAGCACACAAGGACAACUGAGUUUCAUCUAAUGUCCUAGAGGUUUUUGAUAUUAUAUAACAAUAUCAUUAGUGGCACGUUUCAUAACACGAUCUUGCCAAUCAAGCAAAAUUUGUUGCAGAGAACAAUGUGUCAUCCAUUUCAAAAAUUAUUUCACAUAUGCAGGUUUUGAUUUAUUUAAUGCAUCAUUUUUUGUACCCUGUAUUUUUGUUUAUUUGGUACAGUCACGUCUUAGAGUAUCUAAGUUUAUUCAUUUUUAUAGGUUUACUACAAACACGGCAUUGUAAAUGUAAGGGAUGAAACUGCUCCUUGUGUUUUCUAUCCUUGUAUAACAUCUUGCUCCAUAUACUGUAGACAUACUGCAUUAGUUGAGUGCCUCUGUAGAUGGGUCUCGAGAGCAAGCUGUUUCGGAGGAAUGAUUCUUUGCCUAGCAAUCUAAUGAAAAGGAAGGAAUCUGCUCUUAGUACUGGUUCUGUUAAAGUACCUGUAAAUGUUUGUCCCUAUCUAAUCCUAUGGAAAGAUUAAAUCAAUUCUUGAUUUUGA